AUGAUAAAAUGUACUAAAUUAUUUAUAAUGUGGUUCCUAACAUUAAUAAGUUAUUUAGCAAUUAUCAUACAAGUAAUUUUUGUUACAAUAGCAAUAGCUGCUGGCCUUUAUUAUUUGGCAGAGUUGGUAGAAGAAUAUACCACUAUAGCAAAAAAAAUUAUUUGGUGGAUGAAUUUAGGUACUUUUAUACUGUAUAUAUUAUUAUGGAUAUUUGAAAACUUCCCUACUUCUAUGAUUCUUUGUGGAAUAGUGGCGCAACUUACUCAUUUUGUGAUAUUAAGAAGUUUUCCAUUUGUAUCAUUUUUAUCCCUAGAAUUUAUAGCGACAGUAGUGUUUAUUACUAUUAAUCAUUACUUGGCGUUUAGUUACUUUGCAUCUGUCUAUCAUGCGUUUUCAGAGGUAAUAGCUUAUUUUACAAUAUUCUUGUGGUUAGUGCCAUUUGCCUUAUUUGUUUCACUAUCGGCAAACGACAAUGUGUUACCAACCAGUAUAGAUGGAACAGAUGCAGAUGUAGUAUCGAAUUACUUUUCAAAAAGAAGCAAGAAGCUUGGGCUGCUUACAGUUUUUAAUUACGCCAAGGAAUCACUAUUACCAGUUAGAACAAAAAAAGGAUUUUAA